UGAGGUUCCAUCGAGCGAUUCCACCCAGCAGAAUACUGCGAUGGACGACGAACAGGAGCAAUUCCAGAAGGAGUUGUCCUGGUGCAUCAGCGCUCUGCGAAAAGUGUUCCAGAAAUCUGACCCCACUCGAAACCAAAUCAAAGAAGCUUUGAAAGCACUCCAGAUUCUGGAAAACCCGAAAGCUCCUGUCGUGAAGAAACGCCUUGCCAUGCGCAACGCUCUCGGGGAUUAUCGAGCCAAGAUGGCAGCGGAAGAGAAGCACCUCGAGAAACAAUUGUUGCAAGGGAAGCGGAAGUUGGCCGAGUUUACCUCAGAAAAGGCCGACACCGCGGGCGGCAAGGUUCUCGCGAAGGCAGCGUCUCCGUCAUCGUCAACGGAUGUAUACACAGUCGGCCGCCGAAAGCCACCAGGGCUCUCGCUAGAAGUCGCCCGAACCGAUUUUCGGGCCGAAAGCGGGAGAAGAGGCCCGAGUUUGUUAUUUGGUAUUCCAGACAUUCGAAGAAUAAUGUAAGUAUUUGUCGCUCAGGAUCGUGUGGUCAUCAGCCCGCGGAAGGAUACGUUUCAACUUGAGACGUCUGAUGCAGGGUUUCCGGCUCUGUUGUCCUAAUUCUUUCGGCGGGCUACUCCACCGAAGAGAUUGGACAUCAUACCGAACUUUGCAACGCAGUCUCAUAGAAGGAACGUCGUCCAACCGACGACCAGGAGCAUUCCUCCAUAGGGUGUCGCUUGAAUCCACUGAGGGUUCCGCGUGAAGACGUAGAGGUAACACGUUCCCGAGAAGACAAUUAUGCCCAACGUCAAGAAAGAACCCGUCUGAAAAUGCGAAGGACAAGAUCGUUAAGCACUCGAAUAGAAGCGAUGUUAUGUUACUCUAGGUUCUGAGAAUUUCGAGCCCUCCGGGGGGAGAACGAUUGAUGAGACACCGGAAUACCUGGAGAGGCCAAAGAGGAACGGACUAAAGCAUCGCGAACGAGCGUC